GCUACUGUUUUCAUGUUUCAAUGGGGAAUAUCUUUUUGUCAGUUACCAGCUGAAUUGGACCUGCUGUCGUGUUGCUUACAUUGCUGGAUUGCCUGAAAAGCUGAAGGAUAUAUAUUCUGAGUAAAUUCCUCACUACGAAAAAUUCAGUUAUAUCUUGGCAGUGCACCUUUUGAGUGGACCUUUUGAAGUUGCCUGCCAACAGUUGGCUAAAAUGGCUGACAGAGUUAAUUGUCUGCCAUUCUUCUACGGCAACAUUACAAGAGAGGAGGCAGAGGAUUAUCUGCUGCAGCUCGGUGCAGAUAAUGGCUUGUAUUUGCUACGGCAAAGUCGAAACCAUUUUGGAGGUUUUGCCCUCUCUGUAUUACAUUCUGGCCGCUGCUUCCACUACACCAUUGAAAGAGAAUCCAAUGAAAAGUACGCUAUUGCUGGUGGUAAAAGCCACAGCAGCCCUAUAGAUUUGAUUGACUACCACUCCCGGGAGAUGGACGGCCUUGUGUGUCGGCUGAAAAAGCCUUGCAACAGACCCAUGAACAUGCAACCAAAGGUGGGACCGUUUGAGGACUUAAAGGAAAAACUGAUCCAGGAGUAUGUAAAGCAAACCUGGAACUUACAGGGAACUGCUCUGGAACAAGCCAUUAUAAGCCAAAGGCCACAUUUGGAGAAGCUGAUUGCAACUACUGCUCAUGAAAGAAUGCCUUGGUUCCAUGGAAAAAUAACUCGUGAAGACUCGGAGCCGCGGCUUCAAAAUGGCACACGUACAAAUGGAAAAUUUCUCAUUCGGCAGAGGGAUGGGAAUGGAUCCUAUGCGCUUUGUUUACUACACGAAGGAGAAGUGAUGCAUUACCGCAUCGAUGAGGAUAGGAGUGGCAAGCUUUCUAUCCCAGACGGCAAGAAGUUUGACACUCUCUGGCAGUUGGUGGAACAUUACUCAUAUAAACCAGAUGGUCUACUACAAGUUCUCACCGAACCUAGUCCGCGGCCCACAGGAGGUACAGAUCUUUUAGGACAGUCGCUACUACCACAGGAUACAUCUGGAUUUGGGUGUGUUUUGCAAAAUGCAGCAGAGGGAUUUCUUGCCAAAAUCAGGACUGUUCCCAUACCUGGCAGGCAAAAGAGCCGUGGAUCUCGACACGAAAACAAACAAUCUAGUAACCUCAACACCUAUGGAGGACAAGUCCCCAAUAACCGGGUAGUCACCAAAGAGUCGUUGCCAAUGGACACUUCGGUAUAUGAUAGGACAUAUGCAGACCCAGAUGAACUGAGGAGUACCACAGUGAAUCAUGAACAGCUUUUUUUGGAAGAUGAAGAACUGGGUUCAGGGAACUUUGGUACCGUCAGGAAGGGAAUCUACAAGACAAAAAUGACAACGCAGCCAGUGGCCAUCAAAAUCCUGAAGAAUGACGACAGCAGCACAUCAGUUCGGGAGGAAAUGCUCCGAGAGGCAAAUGUCAUGCAGCAGUUGGACAAUCCUUACAUUGUGAGGAUGAUCGGUAUCUGUGAGGCACAGAGCCUCAUGCUAGUAAUGGAGCUGGCUGAGCUGGGACCACUUCAUAAGCUCCUCCAAAAAAACAAGCAAAUAUCCAUUGCCAACAUCACUGAGCUGGUGCACCAGGUGUCAAUGGGGAUGAAGUACCUUGAGGAGAACAACUUUGUCCACAGGGACCUUGCUGCUCGUAAUGUGCUACUUGUCACACAGCACUACGCCAAAAUCAGUGAUUUUGGCCUCUCAAAAGUAGUUGCUGAGGACCAGAACUACUACAAGGCAAAAGGACAUGGAAAGUGGCCGCUGAAAUGGUACGCUCCAGAGUGUAUUAAUUACUUCAAAUUCUCAACCAAAAGUGACGUGUGGAGCUUCGGUGUUCUCAUGUGGGAAGCAUACUCAUAUGGAGAGAAGCCAUACAGGGGAAUGAGAGGAAAUAAUGUUUUGCAAUUGAUUGAAAGUGGAAUGCGGAUGGACCCCCCACCAAACUGCCCAGAAGAGAUGUAUAACCUUAUGAAGACCUGCUGGACGUACGAAGUGGAAAAAAGGCCUGCCUUUGCUGUUAUUGAGCCAAGACUACGGCAGUAUUAUUAUGACAUUGCACAAUGAAUAGCCAUACAUAUGUUGUGCAAAUAUAAUAGAAAUCGUAGAUAUUAACUGGAGAUCAAUUUCAAAUUAAUCUAUUGUACACUGAAAUAUGAAAGACAUUUUCUGCUUCAGCAAUAAAUAAAUCAUUACACUAUUAACAUUUCUGAAACAAUUUAAUCACAUUUUAACAAGUGUAUAAUUAGCAAGUACAUCCCUCACUCACACACAUACAAGAAUGCCAUUGUCCAGUAUCCAUUAUGAAGUGUCACCCAAUCAAUUUUGAAGCAUUUGGCCCUUAAACAGGUCUUUGUUACAUUCAUAGUAGUCACAUCACAAAAUACAAGUGCACCCACACAUUCUUUCAUGUUUGACACAUGACGUGAUAUUCUUUGAAUUUAUGAGAUGACACUUGAAAUCGGGUUCCCACAGUGUUCAAUUCCCAAAGUAAAGAUCUGCUUCUUAGUUUAUUAAAAUGUUGUUGAGCUACAUCUUUUGAGAUAUACUGUAAAUGUGUCAUAUAACAUUCCAGUACUGUAUAUGCAUUAGGUACCCAUAUGCAAAAUAAAUCAGAACAGUUCCA